AUGUCACCGUCACACUCCGUCACACCACCAACCUACACCAGCAUACCCAUUUCCGUCUCCGGCUCCGAUGCCAUCACCCGAUCCAUCAAAAACCUCAACGACGCCGUCUCCCGCCGCCGCCACUGGCCCGAGUUCGCCUCCUCACUCGACCGGCCCGACUCGUUCUCCGCCGCGCUGACCCGGAUCCGGACCAACGCCAGCCACUUCCGGGUCAAUUACUUGCUCCUGAUCGGCGCCUGUGGGGCGCUGUCGCUCAUCGGAAGCCCGGGAUGGCUUGUGGUGACGGCAGCCGUCGUGGGGCUGUGGCUGGUGAUCUACUUCUUCAGGGAGGACCCACUUGAGGUGUGGGGCCACCACGUCAGCGAUUGGGCCGUGCUGGUGGGCCUGGGAUUGGUAUCUGUUUUGGUUGUUUGGGCCAGCGGUGGACUUGGGAGUGUCUUAUUGGGCCUUGUAGUUGGGCUUGUGUUGUGUGGGAUCCACGGGCUGCUCCGGAACCCGGUAGGCUUGUUUCUCAACGAGAAUGACGCUGCUUCCCAAGGCUUGAUCGGGCCCACUUCUCCAUCAGGCUGA